UCUGAGAGCAGCUCUCCGCCCUCCUGACCCCUAAUUUCUCUCCCAAUCACAAUCUGGCUGGCGGCGGCGAGCGGGCAGCAGCAGAGCUACCGGAACUAGCGGCGGCGAGCGGGCAGCAGCGCUAUGACGACAAGGUCAAGAACUCCAGCGGCCGCCUCCUCCACCUCUGGGAAAAGGGGAUGAAGGGGAUAUGGAUCCCCUUUUACUCGCCUCGGCGGCCAGCCAGGAGAAGGACGACCUGUGCCUCCAGAUGUGCCGCCGCUGCAUCAUGGAGGCCGGCCUACUGAUGCUGCUCACCUUCCGUGUCGGGGACGACGGGCUGCCGCUGCACGCCGUGGCUACAGGUGACGGCCACACCACCGCUGGCUCCUGUUUCGACUCCUCCGUUAGUCCGUUGCGCUGCCUUCUCUGCGUCGGCACCAGGCGUCGUUUUCUUUCCCGCUGCGGCCGCCUUAGCAGCAGCUGCAGCUUGAGGUCGUCGUGGGGGGACGGCGAACGAACAAGCAAGGCUAUAUCACCUCGAGAUAUACAAUGGGAUAUCACCCGCCUACGCGCCGCUCAUGCUUGUUCGUUGUCCGUGCUCGUAGGUACACACUCGAUGUGA